AUGCUGCGCCGCUCGUGGCUGCUGUUUUGCGUUCCGCCCCUCUCAGCCGUGUACGGGAGCAACUUCUCCGUCUCGGGCCGUGUCUGGCGUCGCAUUAGCGAGAAGAACGCGGAGGAGGGCUUUUCCAACGACCAGCGCUUCCUGCGCCUGGCGAUUGACUCCGGCGGCUGCCACGGCUACAAGUACAACUUCUCCCUCGAGGAGAACGCCGCGCUCGUGCCGGAGGAGGACGUUGUCGUCGCCGAGACGGAUGUGGCGCCCGCUGGCGCGGUGGACGGGAGCGGGGCGCAGCCGCCCCCCCGCGUCGUCGUCGACAAGCACUCGCUGGCAAAGCUGCAGGCGGCCGUGAUUGACUUUCACUCCGAACUCAAAGGGGCGGCCUUCGUGGUCGUCGGCAACGAGCUGGUAGACGAAUCCUGCGCCUGCGCCAUGUCCUUCUCGAUCAAAAAGAGACAGCCGCAACGCAGCUGA